AUGACAUUUGGAGAGUGUACAAUUACAUUGGAAGAUGUUUCAGUUUUGCUAGGUCUAACGGUACAUGGAGACCCAAUUACUAGUUGUUCGACAUAUAGAUGGGUCACACUUGAUGAAGAUUUGUUUGGAAUAACACCACCAACAAAUGCAAUUAAAGGUGGAAGGCUGAAGAUGAGCUGGGUUGAUGAACAUUUUUUUGAUGUUUCGAUGCAUGUGCAUAGUAUUGAACAAAUGAAACGAUAUACCCGAGCUUAUAUUUUGCGGUUGCUCGGAGCCUUGCUUGCUCAUUUAUAUAGAGAACUGUGUGUUGCCACUAAUUAUGACAAUAAAGAAAUUAAUGGGGCAUGCAUUUUACUGCAAUUGUGGGCAUGGUAUCGGAUGCCGUAUUUUGCACCCUUCACGGCACCACGAAAUAUUUUUGGUGUUUCUUUAGGUGCAAGGUGGAAUAGUGCCUUGCAGGUGACACAAAGAAUUGUUGUUCAGAUUCGCGAUGCGUUAGAUAAGAUGAAAGAUAAAGAUAGGUAUACGGUGAAUUCCAUCGACUUCAGUAUCCCUCUACAGGUGCUCCACCACCAUAACAAGAUGAGCUCAAACCAAUUGUUGUGA